AUGCAGAGCAACGGCACGGAUAGCGCCGAGAACGGCGUCGACAGGACCGGCUGGACCUCCAAGCAAAAAAGCGUCGACGUGACGGCCAACCAGGACGAGAUAUCGGGCCACGAGACCUUCCAGCUUGAGUUCAACCGGGCGACGAAGCGCUGGUACGUGCGGACGAUGCAGGACCGUUACUGGAGUCUCGAGUCGGGCGGCGGUAUCCAGGCUGCCGAGCACAAGCGCUCCUCCAACGCCCUUUUCGACAUGAUUUGGCAGCAGGAAGACGGCACGGUGGCCCUGCGCGCCAACAACGGCAGAUACGUGGCGACCAAGCGCUCGGGGCACCUGUACGCCAACGCCGACGACAUAAACGCAGUCGACAACGACGCGUCCAAGUAUUACUUUUACCUGAUGAACCGGCCGGUCCUCGUACUUAGGUGCGAGCAGGGCUUCGUUGGCCCGAAGAGCGCGGCCGGUCCCAAGCUCGAGUGCAACAAGGCCGCCUACGAGACCAUACGGGUCGAGAGGUGCGAGCGCGGCGUCGUCAGGUUCAAAGGUCAGAACGGCAAGUACUGGCACGUGGACAGCGAAGGCGUGACCGUGGACUCGGACGCCCCGGGCUGCGGUUUCUACCUUGAGUUGCGCGAGCCCUCCCGGCUGGCGAUCAAGUGCACGGACGGGCGUUACCUGGCGGCUGGCAAGAACGGGGCCCUCCGUCUCGGCGAGGCUGACUUCGCCUCGGCCACCUUGUGGGAGUUUUAACGAGAUACGGUCCACUACUUACUUAUACCCACUCCUCGUUCGCUUAUUUAUUAAUUUUUCACAGUUUUUCAUGGGUAUUUUUUUUUUUUUUUUCUUUUUCUCUCCUUUGACAUAAUAUGCUACAUAAAUGAAAGACGAGUCGCUCACGAGCUCCAAUAUGCUUAUAACUUGUGUAUGUAUUCAUUAUCACAUAUACAUAUUAUAUUAGUGCUACAAUACCAUGCAUAUACACAUAAUAUUAUACAGGCGCGAAGCGAAGCGUGAUAGCGUAAAGCUUGGGUGAAAAGUGUGUGUGUGUGUUAAUUGUGAUCGAUGUGAUUACGUUGUAUAGAUAUAUGAGAAGACACGACACGUGAGGUAAGAAGGGUCAUUGACGUUUGCGCGCGCGUGCAACUUUUUUUAUUUUCUUCUUCCUUUUUUUCUUUUCUUGUAUACAAUAAUUCGUUAAAUUAUUAUACACUAGUAUACAUAAACAUACACACGCACACACACAUAUGUAUGCAUAGAUACAGGGUGACGUCUUUGCCGCCUGUAUAUGGGUGUAUGUUUGUACUUUCGUCCUGUAAGGGUGAAAAAUCGAGAAAAAAAAAUUGAUGUACUACUGAUGAUUUUGUACCCCGAGGCAAUUAUUUUCUAAAGAUUUUUGGAAAUCGUAUUUACAACAAGAUAUUUUGUAUGAUGUGUUUUUGUACGGAGGACAAAAGAAAACAAUCAUAAGCAGUUAGUGAUUCGACGUAUGCGAUAAUUUAGUGUUUAAUUAUUAUUUAAUUCAGUGUAAAUUCCUACAAAGGAAUACGGCGUCACCUAAGAAACAUACAUUUACCUAACAUAUAUAUUUAUUGGGCGCAUUUGGAUUUUUGCACUGCUGAUGAGGUAUCGCAUAAAAGCGUAACAAUAUUGUUCUCUUUUUUACGGGAAAAGGAGGUAAAAACAUUUGCUUUUUUGCAAUACUCCGAACUCUUAAGGAAUUGAAAUGAACUUGCAGUUGUAUAUGAGUGUAAUCAACUGCGAGCGAGAGCCAACUUUGAAUCAAUCCAUUCCAAUUCGAUACUUUUUUUUAUAUAUGUAUAUUUUACAUACUUACAAAUAUAUAUACACGUGCAUUUUUAUACCGAAUAGAUUUUAUUCAGGAGAGAGAGUUCGCUUAGCAAAACAAUUCGAAAAAAAAAAAAAAAAAAUCGAAUGAUGCAUUGUUCAUUUUUAUAAAAAAGCAAAGCUUAUAAGUUACUAGAUAAACAAUAAGUUUUUCGAAUAACUGAAUUUUGCUCAUUUUUUAUACGUCCGAUCGUUGCACAUCUGCUACUGAUCGUUUAUACAAGAAGUUUCGCCUUUUGUGUAAAUAUAUACUCUUAAACUUAACUUUUAUAACUUUUUCUACUACUCUUUGGCUAAGUAACUAAUAAAUAUUAUUUUAACGUUACUUUUUUUCACCUAUUUCAACUUUUAUAUAUAUUGCAUAGACAAGUAAAAUUAUACGUGUUGACGUAAUAAAACGACACGAGAAAAGGAAAACACGUUUGUUAAAAAAUUAAUACAGUAGACAUUAACGAUAUUGAAAAAUUAUUUUAUUUUCUAGCGCUGCUUGUUUGUUUGCUCACUAGUAAGAAGAAAAUAAUGAUAAUAAUCCUAUACAAUAUUAUAACGUAUCCUAGCGAUACAAAGUGACUGUAGAACAAAGCUAGAGAUUAAUGUAAAACGACGUGUCAAAACUCGUAAAAAUAAUAAACGGUUUUU